CAAAAAAGGGAAAAAGAAAGAAAGCUGACCCAGCUCAUCCAUCUGAUUAAUAGAGUUAUUUCUUGAUUACAGGAAGGCAAACCAUAAUAACGCAAAACAACAAUAAUAUUGGUUCUCUGGAAAUGUUGAUUAUGUAAAAUCAGAAUCUACAGAGUUAUUUCAAAGAUGUUUUUUUAAAAUGACUUGUUUUAGUUUUACUUCUUAAUGUGCUGAGUUUGCGUGUUUUGGGGGAUGUUCUGUACUGCAGUGCAUGUAGCAGCAGUUGCUGCAAUCUGUUAUUCUUUGCGUAUCAUGUCAGUAAUAUGGAUGCUGCUGUCUUUUACCAGGCAGCUUCACAGGAAGAGCUCUUAGAGGACAGCAGUGUAAUGGGCUGAUAAUACACAGUUGUGGAUAAUUGUGUAGAGUCUCUAUAUGGUUCAUGGGCAUGUCUCUGAGUGAGGCUGCUAUUUAAUGUGCUAUGAUGUGGAUAGCCCACUGCGAGAGAGCCACUAAUGGCGUGUUUGCUUGUGUAUUUGUGUGCACGCUAUGUGAGUUUGCCUCUGAAUUGAAGUUUUUAGUAGUUUGACUUCUAGUUGUUUAUCUUAACAGAAUUGUGUGUGUGUGUGUGUGUGUGUGUGUGUCCAUGUGUGUGUCUGCCUGAAAGGCUCCAACAGCGAGACAGUGUAAUCAGUUUUCUAUAUAAGACCUAAAAUUUGAAUCACCAAGCAUGUUGGCUCCACUGGGUGAACUUGUAAUCAGGGUUUAAUUAGAAGCAAAUAUAAAUAAGAAUUUCGCCUGGAGCUUGUUUAAGGUCGAUGACUACAAUUGUGUAUUGGUGCAGUUUAAGUUGUGACAAAUACUGAAAAGAGCGAUAUCUGAUGUAGACCUUGUUUCCUAUUAAUCUGAUUUAUUUCACCAAGUGCAGCUGAGAAAUUUCCUGCUUCUCUUUGUUAAAACUGUUUAGCUGGAUUUGACAUGGCAUUUUAAAAAGGUUUGUGUUUUAUGACUCACGCCCCAGUUUAGGCAGUAAGCACCAGAGUCUCUGUUGUAAUGUUUACUGCUUUUUGAGGGAAUGGAAAACAUGAAUUUGAUUGCAGGAUUUUGGGGAUUAAAACCUGAUUAUUUCUUUUUUGUUUGUUUACAUUUUUUUUUAGCAAUUGUUUAAAUAACCACAUGUUUUGCUGGUAAAUUAAUUGUUUAAGUAACAAAAAACAAGUUCGGAUACUGACCAGAAUAGUCACAAGAGGCCCCUGUAAAUAUAGCUGUCUUUUUUUUUGGACAGAGAAUAACUGUGUUUAAGUGUUGAAAGAGGUCAUCAGAGAGUAUUUAUAUGUCGGCUGCAGUAACAUAGAUUUGGAUGAAUGUCUCUCAGCCGCAUUACAAGGAAAAACAAACACAGAGAGCGUUUCCUUGAUAGGUCCUUGGAUUUGGGAAGGGCCUGCUGGCUCUCUCCCUCUCUUAUUGUGCCAGAUCAGCGGGGCCUCGAGAUGAAUCAUUAAUGACCGGUUCCAACGGCUUAAUGGCCUCUAAUGUUCUGUAAUGAUCUCCCGUCAACGCCAUGUACGCGGUCUUAAUGGAUCCAAUGCCGUGGAGAAUUGUCUGGUUUGAACUUCCAUAAUUCGCCCUGUUUUCGACGAGCGGCGCACAACAGGAAGUGCAAAAAGCCACGAGCAAAAGGCUCCAGAGCUCCGCGGGCGCAGCAUGACUUUCCCUCUCCGCCGAUCCACUUCAGAGCCCCAGUUAAAGGGCAUUGUGACCAGGCUUUCCAGUCGCCAGGGCUUCCAGCUGCAGAUGCAGCCUGAUGGCACCAUUGACGGAACCAAGGAUGAAGACAGCACCUAUGCUGUGUUCAACCUGAUCCCAGUGGGGCUUCGUGUGGUGGCCAUCCAGGGUGUCCAGACCAAACUCUACCUGGCAAUGAACAACGAAGGCUUUCUCUACACCUCUGAGCAUUUUACCCCGGAGUGUAAAUUCAAGGAGUCGGUGUUCGAGAACUAUUAUGUCACCUACUCCUCCAUGCUCUACCGGCAGCAGGCAUCGGGCCGGGCUUGGUACCUGGGGCUUAACAAGGAGGGUGGAAUCAUGAAGGGGAAUCAUGUCAAGAAGAACAAGCCUGCUGCACACUUCAUACCGAAGCCACUCAAAGUGGCCAUGUACAGGGAGCCCUCCCUCCAUGACUUGACAGAACUCUCCCGUUCAGGCAGCGGCACACCGACCAAGAGCCGCAGCGCUUCGGCCCUACUUAAUGGCGGCGGGAAGACACCCAGCAACAACGACUUAUCCUAGCCCCCGACCCCUCGCACCGCACCGCACAUACACAUGCACAUACACAUGCACAUACAGACACACUCCCAUGCAGACACACACAUACACGCACAGAUCUCAGGCCGACAUGCCCACACAUCAGACUGGUGAGGGGUGGGAGAAAAAGGAGGAGGACGGGGACGUGUUCUUCCACUAAACGGAGCCCACUGUGACUGACUGUGAUGUAAAUAAAUCAAGGACAAUCAAUCCGUCUGGCUCUGCUGCCCCUGGCCUGCAGAGGGACAGGACCUGCGACUCUCUUCCCUUGACCGGUCCUCCUGCCGUAUCGUGAACAGUCGGAACAAGCGAGGGAGCGAUAGAGAAGAGGGGACGGAGGAAGUCAGACAGUCAGUCACGCAGUCAGAUAAACAGACUGUUACAGAGAACCAAAGAGUACAAGUAUUAACCCAUUAGGUUGUUACGACGAAAUGGCACGCGGCUGGAAAGUUACAGGGAGUUACAAUGGAAGGAAGUCUUUAUCUAAUCUACCGUACGCUAUGUUUACACAGAGCUCAUGGGUCUAAGUCAUAUUUUUAAAACUGACAAACAUAUUCCUUGUACACUUAUAAGGACUUAUCAUUUGUUUGCAUGCAGGUGUGCCUGUGCGUGUGUGAGAGAGAGCAAGAGAGAGAGAUUGAGUACAUGCUGUGCUUGCGGUAGGCGUGCUGUGUGUGUGUGUGUGUAUGUGUGUGUGGGAGAGAAAGUGUGUGUGUGUGCACGCAUGUGUCUUGAGGGUGGGGGUUGGGAUUUUACCUUUUUAAGAUCUGUUGUAUAUCGGACAAACCCCCCGAGGGCUUGAGCAGGUUACUGUAAGGUUUACUGUAUAUGCUUCCAUGCUUACUUCUUACAAGCAAUGCUGUCGUUUCUCUUUCCGUUCGUCGUUGUUGUCCCUUGCCGUUUGUUUGUUUGUUGUUGCAUGGAAGCUUGUGGACCUCUGCUCAGUAGCAGCAUGCUGAAGGUCCUUUUUCUCCCCCCCCCCCCCCCUCUCCUGGUCUUACGUGUUCCUGACCAUAAGAGAACACUAGUGAGCCAAUAGUGUGAUACCAGAACACUAGUGAACUAAUGUGAGGGUGUUAGAACACUACUGGACCAAUAGUAUUGCACCAGAACACGAGCGGACCAAUGGUGUUGGACCAGAACUUUGGUGAACAGCACAGAUUAACUUAAUAUUUUGGUUCCUGCUGUGGACAAACUAGAAAUGCACUAAAUAAACUCUUUCUAAGGAAGUGAA